GGCCUGACAAGCGGGACCUGAGAAGGGUAGCUGCAGUUUUAUACUUUUAAGUUUAAGACAUGUAUUUUUAUGGGAAAAUUCUGAGAUACAGAUAACCAAACACAUAAACCAGGGAUUUCAAAGGAAAACCAUGGAUUGCAUUGAAAAUGCUGAAGCACACAGGGGCUUCGUACUGAAUGCAGAAAUUGGUGGCAGUAUUGGGUGGAGGGUUGGCAGGCCUCUCUGCCUGCUAUCACCUCAGCAGAAGUUCCAAGGUGUCCAAGAUAUUGCUCCUGGAAGGUGGAGAUCGAUUUGGGGGCUGGCUGAGCUCAAUUCGAAGAAAUGAUGGUGCAGUCUUUGAGUGUGGGCCCCGAGGCGUGCGACCUGCAGGUCCUGUGGGCCGCAAUACCCUGAACAUGCUAACAGAGUUGGGCUUGGAGAGUGAGGUCCUUCCCAUCACCUCUGAUCAUGUGGCUUCAAAGAAUCGUUUCCUUUACCUGAGGGGGCAGCUACACAAAAUGCCCUCUGGUUUAGGGGGGCUGGUGUGGACGGUCCCCCCCUUUUCCCGCCCUCUGCUGCAGAGCGCCCUCAAGGAGAUUUUUAUCAGCAGAGGGAAGGAGGAAGAUGAGACCGUCCACGCGUUUGUUGAGAGGAGACUGGGAACAGAGCUGGCAGACAUCGCCAUAGACAGUCUGUGUCGGGGGGUAUUUGCUGGUGACUGUCGCCAGCUGAGCAUGAGGUCUUGCUUCCCCCCACUUUUCAAUGCAGAGAGGACCAUGGGCUCCAUCUUCAUAGGCAUGGUGCUGGGGGCAGGCGGUGGCCCUGAUGUUCCCAUAUCACAGCUGGCCCAGAGGUCAUCUAAGGAAUCUUGGACAAUGUGGUCUCUAAGGAGGGGCAUGCAGACCCUACCUGAGGCCCUGGUAGAGGCGUUAAAGCAAGCAGAGCAUGUUGACAUUCACAGAAAUGCUUCAGUGAAGAGCUUGACUAGAGAUGACCGUGGCUGGGAGAUCCAACUGGAAGAUGGGACUGUGAAAGCUGAUCAUAUUAUAUCUGCACUCCCUGCUCAAGCUCUUGCGCCUGUGCUGCCCCCUGCUGCUGGGUUCCUUUCACAGCUACUACUUGAGAUUUCCAUGGUGUCUGUUGUGGUAGUAAACCUGGAAUAUGAGGGCUCCAUCCUGCCUCUCCUGGGUUUUGGCCACCUCGUGCCUUCUUCAGAAGAUAGUGGCCUUCUUGGAGUGGUUUAUGAUUCUGUGCAGUUCCCACAACAUAAUCGGCCUGGAGCAUCCACCACUAGACUUACCGUGAUGAUGGGAGGGGCAUGGUUCCAAGAGGAAUUUGGUGCCCCUGAGGACCACACAUCACAGAGACUCCUGGGCCGGGCGACCAGAGCAGUGAGCUGCCAUCUGGGGGUGACAGCAGAGCCACUGUGGAGCUCGGUGGCUGUACACAAGGUGAUCUGUGACCUUGUUCAGUCUUUAGCUUGCUAGUUUAAGAGAAUACAGACACUGGUGCUCAGGCUAAAGGGUGUAUCAUGAGUAAAUAAUAGAAUUGUGAUCGAAAUAGCACGUAAGCUUUGGUUUCUAGGGGUGUAACGGUUCACAAAAAUCACGGUUCGGUUCGAUACGACACAGUGGUGUCACGGUUCGAUAUGUUUUCGGUACAGCAAAAAAAAAAUGCCAGAUAAUUUCUUUGAUUUUUUUCACUUUUUUAUUUAUUAAAACAUCAAAAAAGUAUGAUCUUGUUUUUUUCUUUUACUUUAAACAAUGAUGAAGCUAUU